AUGGCCACAGAACAUAUUAAUGGAAAUGGUCCAGAAGAACCAAUGGACACCACUGCUGCAGUUACCCAUUCUGAACACUUCCAGACUUUAUUAGAAGCUGGUUUACCACAGAAAGUUGCUGAAAAACUAGAUGAAAUUUACAUAGCAGGUAAGGCACAUUGAAUAUCCAGCAUAUUCGUACACACAAAUUAUACUUUUGCAUGUGCUGUCAUAUUUUACAUUAGCUUUGAAUGUGGGAAUUGGGAUCCUCAAGCAACUUUUUGUGGUUUCGUACCAAAAUGGGUACUGCAGUGUAAUGAAAAAAAGAGAAUUCAUACACUACCAAUAUCAGUGUGAAAUAAAUGUUUUGGGUACAUGUCCAUUGUCUUAAAGGUAUAUCUGGGCAGAGCACUGGUGUCACGGACCCUUUGUGUUCUCAAGAAUUGAAGUGUAGCAGCACAGAUGAGCAAAGAGUUAGGCCACAGUUCAGCGGAGGUCUCUCUGGACAGUCUCGGGCAGAGUGCAGCCAGAUGGGCACAUGCAGCAACAAUGGCAGCAGCUGUCGGUGGCUGGGACAGGUGAUGGGCCCUCCAAGAGCAUAAUGUGCACAAGCUCAUUAGGGGCGCACAGUGCAGAGGACCGCCAUAUCAAGUUAAAACAUCACAUCUGUUGUGAUUUGUUCUGCAAAGGUUGAAGAAAGUGCUAUUACUCAAGGCCAUUUUAAAAAUAUUGGUCUCCUGAGAUGGUUCCUUUUCUCAGAUAAUGUUAUCCAAAGUAUGAAUGUAGUAUUCCAAUUUCAGAAAUACCUAAAGAAGUCAUAGCCACAGAAAUAAGUUAACUUUGAUAUCCCCAAACAUGCGUUGUGGCUAGAUCCGUUUUGAAAAGAUGUCAUCCAGUAGUUCUGUUCCUACUAGUAACUGAUGUUUUUUGGUGUCCCUCAGGUUUGGUAUCACACAGUGACCUAGAUGAUAGAGCGAUUGAGGCUCUGAAAGAGUUCAACGAAGAAGGUGCUCUGCAAGUUCUGUUGCAGUUCAAGGACAGCGACCUCUCACAUGUUCAGGUAUGUAUGGCGGGGGCGGUGUCAUGAUUGGAUCGCAUUGUGUGAUCACGUCUUCAAAUCAAAUGCUACCAUUUCACCCUCUAACGUGUACAUAUUUUUCUUUACUCAACAGAACAAAAGUGCCUUUCUUUGUGGAGUUAUGAAGACAUACAGACAGAGGGAGAAACAGGGGACCAAAGUCUCAGACUCCAACAAAGGACCAGAUGAGGCCAAAAUCAAAGUAUGGUUUUAACAAACAUUCUUGAUAUAAGUGAUAAUUGAGACAUGGCAUCAUGCUUUUUAUAUUGUGGAGUUGUUCUCUGGAAGGUGUUUGACCUCAAUCAUGUUAUUUCAAUAAACAGGCCCUGCUGGAGAGAACUGGCUACACGCUCGAUGUGACAACAGGUCAGCGGAAGUAUGGAGGCCCCCCUCCGGAUUCGGCUCACUCAGGGGCACAGCCCACAAUUGGUACAGAGGUAUGUCUCUCUACAAUAGUUCAAUGGUGUAUUUGAUUAGUGUGUUAUAGUUUACUUCAGUGUGUAUGAUGGGGUUUCUGCAUUCUGUGUCCAAAUAAUGAAAAUAUGUACUUUUUCCUGGAGUAACUCUGGUUGCGCUGAUGAUUUACCGCUAAGAUCUGACUGGACACCCAUUCAUUCAGUAUUUUAGAGAUGUAUUUUGUAACAAUGACCAAUGUUCCUUUCACACCAAGUUAACCUAAUUUUGCUUUCAUCUCAGAUUUUUGUUGGCAAGAUCCCUAGAGAUCUAUUUGAGGAUGAGCUGGUCCCUCUGUUUGAGAAAGCCGGGCCCAUUUGGGACCUGCGUCUGAUGAUGGACCCCCUCAGUGGCCUGAACAGAGGUUACGCCUUUGUCACUUUCUGCACUAAAGAGGCUGCGCAGGAAGCUGUCAAGCUGGUAUUUACCACUUGUUGGAGUCCUCUCUCCUGACAGAAUGAUAGGAAUGGAGAAUUUAGCCCGCCCAAUCAUGACAUGUCAUGCACUCUCUCCAACCCACUCCCCUCUUUCCACAGUGUAACAACAAUGAAAUUCGACCCGGCAAACACAUUGGUGUGUGCAUCUCCGUGGCCAAUAAUAGACUAUUCGUUGGCUCCAUCCCCAAGAGUAAAACAAAAGAGCAGAUUGUGGAAGAAUUUGCUAAAGUCACAGGUAAGCAGCAUCUAUUUUUGUUGAAUGAUCUUCUGGGACAAAUUGACAUUUUGCUGGGCCAGUCAUAUUCUGUCUUGACAAAGAUUUAUAUUCACAGUGACUUUGACAACAUAAACAUUGCCUUACUGUUACUGAAUGCAGCAAUCAUGAUCAACCACUAGUGUUAGAUUGCAUUUAGUCUGAGUUUGGGUUUAUGUACGGUAUGCUAUGUAAAGCUGGGCUAUACAUUUACAUUUUAGUCAUUUAGCAGACGCUCUUAUCCAGAGCGACUUACAGGAGCAAUUAGGGUUAAGUGCCUUGCUCAAGGGCACAUUAACGUCAUUUAGCAGACGCUCUUAGCCAGAGCGACUCACAAAUUGGUGCGUUCACCCUAUAGCCAGUGGGAUAACCACUUUACAAUUUGGGGGGGGGGGGGGGGGGGGGGGGGGGGUUAGAAGGAACACUUUAUCCUAUCCCAGGUAUUCCUUAAAGAGGUGGGGUUUCAAAUGUCUCCGGAAGGUGGUGAGUGACUCCGCUGUCCUGGCGUCGUGAGGGAGCUUGUUCCACCAUUGGGGUGCCAGAGCAGCGAACACUUUUGACUGGGCUGAGCGGGAGCUAUGCUUCCGCAGAGGAAGGGGAGCCAGCAGGCCAGAGGUGGAUGAACGCAAUGCCCUCGUUUGGGUGUAGGGACUGAUCAGAGCCUGAAGGUACAGAGGUGCCGUUCCCCUCACUGCUCCAUAGGCAAGCACCAUGGUCUUGUAGCGGAUGCGAGCUUCAACUGGAAGCCAGUGGAGUGUGCGGAGGAGGGGGGUGACGUGAGAGAACUUGGGAAGGUUGAACACCAGACGGGCUGCGGCAUUCUGGAUGAGUUGUAGGGGUUUAAUGGCACAGGCAGGGAGGCCAGCCAACAGCGAGUUGCAGUAGUCCAGACGGGAGAUGACAAGUGCCUGGAUUAGGACCUGUGCCGCUUCCUGUGUAAGGCAGGGUCGUACUCUCCGAAUGUUGUAGAGCAUGAACCUGCAGGAGCGGGUCACCGCCUUGAUGUUGGCGGAGAACGACAGGGUGUUGUCCAGGGUCACGCCUAGGCUCUUCGCACUCUGGGAGGAGGACACAGCGGAGUUGUCAACCGUGAUGGCGAGAUCAUGGAACGGGCAGUCCUUCCCCGGGAGGAAGAGCAGCUCCGUCUUGCCAGGGUUUGGACAUCAGUCUUGAGACCGUUGAUUUGUGCCCAGUUAAGUGCAAAGUGUCCAGUCAGAUCUUAGCAGUAAACUAUCAGUGUAAUCAGUUACUCCAGGAUAGAAUAUAUGCAUUUCAUCAUUUGGACACUGAACCCUGACAUUGGAAAUUAGCAAUUAAACGUCUUACUCCUUGGUAAACAGCCUCGAACACAAAUCAAUGUUAUUCUGCAAAGUUUUAAUGGAAGGACAAUACAAAGACAAUUGCUCAGACGUUUAAUUGCUAAUUUCCAAUGUCAGGGUUCAGUGUCCAAAUGAUGAAAUGCAUAUAUUCUAUCCUGGAGUAACUGAUUACACUGAUAGUUUACUGCUAAGAUCUGACUGGACACUUUGCACUUAACUGGGCACAAAUCAACGGUCUCAAGACUGAUGUCCAAAGAGAACAGCUGUGUCAAAGAAAGGGGACACUAAAUGUUCUGAGUAAACCGAAGGAAACAUUCCUUGAUUGCAUAGUCUUGAAUGUGUAAUAUUUUGUUCUGGUGCCAACUAUGUUUCGGUAAGGCACUCUCUAGAGUAACUCAGUUCCAUUCAAUUUUGCUUUGCAUUGUGUAUGGAGAUAGCGCGAGCUGUCUGGUGCACUGGUCACUGUUCAGCUAGGAUACCCUUUAUGCCUUUCCCGUUCUGCCUCUCUUUCAACAGAGGGUCUUAACGAUGUCAUACUGUACCAUCAGCCAGAAGACAAGAAAAAGAACCGAGGCUUUUGCUUCUUGGAAUAUGAAGACCACAAAACUGCCGCUCAGGCCCGCCGCCGGCUGAUGAGUGGCAAGGUCAAGGUGUGGGGGAACGUGGUGACUGUGGAGUGGGCCGACCCCAUAGAAGACCCUGAUCCUGAGGUCAUGGCCAAGGUAAGGGGAGCAAAAUUAACAGGACUCAUUUCGCCUGUGAUAAAUUGUCUUUGUAUUGUCCGUCCAUUAAAACUUUGCAGAAUAACAUUGAUUUGUGUUCGAGGCUGUUUACCAAGGAGUAAGAUUUGAGGUAACCACCGGUGUCCGAGAGAGCCAGAGACAUUGAUUUUUCAAGUGUAAUUGAUAAGCCAGUACCAUUUUCCUCCCAGGUGAAAGUGCUGUUUGUCCGGAACCUUGCGAGUACUGUAACGGAGGAAAUACUUGAAAAGGCCUUCAGUCAGUUUGGCAAGUUGGAGCGGGUGAAGAAGCUGAAAGACUACGCCUUCAUCCACUUUGAAGAGAGAGACGGCGCAGUCAAGGUACAUGCUGGAGUCUUUAUAUUACUAACCAAAGUAUCACAAAACUGGUAACAAUGGCUGUUUUUUGUGUAGUUGUUCAACUUGCCUCUUUUGACAGGCCUUGGCCGACCUGAAUGGGAAAGACCUGGAGGGAGAGCACAUUGAAAUAGUCUUCGCAAAGCCACCUGACCAGAAGAGGAAAGAACGCAAAGCCCAAAGACAAGCGGCUAAGACACAAAUGUAAGCAAAGACAAUUGAUUUGCAUUUACUUGAGACCUGCAAAUACGGGCCAAAAUUAUAGUUGCAUUGUUGGGUGGCCUUUCACCAUUGAUUUCUUUUGAAUGAUUGAAUAGAAAAGUUAAAAACGUGAUAUAACAAGUGCAAAUGCGUCCUGUAUGGUUACUAAACAAGUGCAUAUCCUCUGUCCCCAGGUAUGACGAUUACUAUUACUACGGCCCACCCCACAUGCCACCUCCCACAAGAGGCAGAGGACGAGGCGGCUGCCGAGGAGGCUACUCUUACCCCCAUGACUACUACGGCUAUGAAGAUUACUACGAUUACUAUGGCUACGACUACCACAACUACCGGGGCGGCUAUGAAGACCCCUACUACGGCUAUGAGGACUUCCAAGCUCCCGGCCGAGGACGAGGAGGGGCCCGAGGCGGAGCCCGUGGUGGUGGUGCCACCCUAUCCUCCCGGGGCCGUGGAGCUGCCACACCCAGGGGCAGAGUGGGUGGCUUUUCCCAGCGAGGUGGAAGUGGCCCUGGAUCGAGCAGAGGUGUGCAGGGGACCAAAGGGGCACUGGGUAAAUAG